AUGUCCUUCAAGGACGGAAACGCUUGGGCUCUUCGACGUGCCAGGGAGAGAGAACAGAUGAGACUGAGCGGUGAUACUGAGCAGGGGAGUCUCUCGUCCUUGAAAAUCGUUAAAACGAUCUCGCCAGAUCUCGGCAAAUUAGACUUCGACUCCGACCUUGCUCUGCCAAUGCCAAAUCCUCGCACUGCUCGAGCCAACUCGAUCGUAAACGACUCUCUCUCCUCUUCCCCUAGCAUCCCUGCCAGUGGAAGCGGAAGUGGAAGUCUCUGGAGCAGAAGCAUUGCUAAGAAACGCUCGUUCACUGAACCGGGCCGUUUGGCAGCGGCGGCGGCAUCAGCUGGUGAGAAAAAGUCGGACAAGAAAUCAACCUUCAAGGCUCUAAAGGCCAAGCUCAGUUUGAAGGAUCUGAAGAAGGAGUUUCGCAAGGACGUCCCACCGGCAAGUACGAUGCCGAAAAUCACUAUACUCCGGGAUUCUUCAUCUUCAGAUCCUUUUGCUGGAAAGGGGAACAAUUUCGAAGUCGAGAGGCUGUAUACUCCCAGACCUAGGGUGAUGGAGGUGGGUUCGGAGUCGCUGUCGCGAGAGUCAAGUGUGAUUCGGUUGGAUGAUUGUCUCAAGGAUUUCAGAAAGGUGUCAGAUUCUUCUGUGAGAACACCCAUGAAAGAUGGUAUUGCGGGUGGUGUCGGUGGUGAGCGUAUGUCUGAACUGGGUACUAAGUUCAGACAUACCCUCAUCCACAGCAACGACGCCGAAGAGGGACCUGCUUCUAACCUGCUCGAUGCCGUUCUCCUGAGCGGAUCGUCGCCAGCUGCCCGAACAGGAGAAUACAGAAACAGCAGACUGCCCGAGGUCGUCAAUACACCUCAGCGCGCUUGCAGUUACGCAGCUGAGCCGGCGUCUCCCAAAAGUGCGGCUUCCACGGUCCGCGAGAGCGAAGCUGCACGCAUGUACUCUCCAUCGGUGUACGAGACGGCCUUGUCUGAUAGAAUGUCGGAUCUGCCACGUCGCGAUUACGGGGUGACCAGCGUUGAGGAUGUCAUUUCGCUCACGCCAACCCGGGACAGUGACUCGUCCGUCAAGAAAGGUUCCGACACCCGUCUGUCGUCAUUGGCGUCUCCUGCGUCGACAUUCCACGCUGGUCCUGAUGAAUCGCCUAGCGACUAUGUCCCCGUCGAUAAAGCGCAGCUCAUGGGUUCCACUGGUCGGGGUGGCUUCGCCCCUAUGCCGCCAGACCCGGAGUAUCAAAACACGGCGGCGCUGGAGGAGCAACUUGCUUCGCACGUAGAGCAGCUCCAUUUCCACGUGCAACAUGCGGCCAGUAAACUCGUCAAGACGUUCGAGGACAAAAACAACUGGCACAUGGACCAAGUUCUUCGCCAUGUGGAUACGAUGGUUGACCUAGCUCAGGCCAUCAACAAGAAAGCGGCUGCUCAGACUGAGCUACUCAGGGAGGCGCAGACGGCCGUCGCGGAUGUCAGGGCCCAUAUCGACACGUUGCGUCGCGAAGUGCGCGUCAUCAAGUCAAAGAUCAUUACUGCGAUCCACGAGGAGUUUGGCAAGCUCAGAUACGACCUCCAAGAGGAGGCCCCGUCGACCGUGUUACGCAGUGCCAGUCUUGUGAAUAGCACGUCCUCCGCUUACCUGAGCGCCAGAGACCAUCAGCACCAAGUCACUGAAAAGCGUGUUGCCUGGAAAGAUGAUUAUGCAGACUCUUCAGGAUCCCCGACUCCAAAGGCAUCCACCUUUCUUGAUCUCCCAGACUUGCUUGUGCCUGCAAUCGAACAAGCCGAAGCUCUUCUCACUCCUGCUGCACAGCCCAAGAUGGAGAAACCUGCAUCCAAACGCAGCUUCUUUAACCUGCGUCGUCACCGUGACAGUGACAAUAACGCCAGCCGCACGCAGGAGAACAAGCACCAAGCUGGUGACAACAACAAGGCACAGGAGAACAAGAACAAACCUCAGGUUGUCGACAACACCAAGCUUACUACACCCACUUCCAACCAGGAAUCAUCUGUCGACCCCAGCACCAUCCACCCACUCCACCGCACCCCCGAGCAGCGCAGAAACCUCAUCGAGCGAGAUCUCGAACGCAUCCGUCUCGAAAAGCAGCAACUGGCCAUGCUGACGACUCCAAAUCCAACUCCUGCUCGACGUCCCGGUGUGCUCAAGCUGUCUAAAUCUCACACUUCAAUCAGCGCUUCAAAUACUCUUACCACUCCCUCAUACGAUAACGGUGUCUCCUCAUCACCUCCUACUCUCCACGGCUGGCCUCUCCCAGACGUCUACAAGAACCGGUUGCCAAUUUUGCCAUCCCGCAGCUCGAACUCGGCCUCUACCCCAGCAGGCUUUGAUAACCCGUAUCCGAUCUUCAGACAUCCCGUGCCUGCUUCUAGCUUGGGUAAUCAUACUCCUACCGGGUCCUCUUCUUCGCAGGGCGGUGCUGCUGCUGCUGCUGCUGCUGCUGCUGCUGCUGGUGUUGUGAGACCUCAUCGUCCGGCUCCGCUUACUUUGGUUCCUCCUAAUAAUGCUGGGCUUGGACGGAAGAGGGAGGGGUCUGGAAGACAUCGAAGUGGAACGUUGGAGAGGGUGGAGGAGUGA